CUCCUGGCACUAGGUGGCAGCAGCUCCCCGUCCUACAGUUCAGUGGUCGAGGGUGGGGGGGGGGGGGGUCAGGAGGCACUCCCAGUGAAGGGCCUCAGGCUGGCUGAGGCCUCUGGCCUGGUAGGACUGGGAGCCCUGCUCCACAGAUCUGUGGCUUCCGCCUCCACAGUCACCUGCCUUCCCAGUAAGGCAGUAGGUGACACCAGUCCUAGGUGUGACACUCAGGAACAGCUCCAUGCCAGUGUGCUGGUGCUCCCAGACAAGCUGCCCCUUCCUGCUGGAUUUCAUGCGUGUCAUUUUUGAAAUUCAGUUCCAACCACCUGCUCCAGGUGGCAUUGGCAGAUGAGAACCAGAAGUGGCCAGCGCACAGACAGGGUCCCCUGGGGCCUGGGUGUCUCAGCUCAGCUGCUGCCUUGCAGGACUGGGCAAACCAUAGGCUGACUGCCCCCUUUCUGAUCUGCAGUGUGUACAGCUGUUACCUGUGAGCAGACAGGCUUUUCUGCCAACCCAGGUUGUCAGUCACGCUGUGGGUGAAGCCUGAGCCGAGGAAGCUGCUGGCUUUCAUUGGGGGGGCCCUCCUGCAUGACCCCCGAGGCCAGAAACCCUGCCACCCACACCUCCAGGCUGCGGGUGGUGAGGUGGGGUAGCGUCCAGCAGCGCCUGCCCCAGGGUUGCUGGGGGUGAGUUGGGUGUGUCCUGUGGGCUGCCUGGGGGUUCCUGCAUCAUAGGGGCUCUGGGCCUGCGGUGGUCCUAGCUGCUAAUUGAGGUCCCGGCCGGUGAGCUGCACCGGGAUCUGGUCAGCUCUGGGGCUGCCCGUUCACAGCACCCUGUUUUUGCCUGUGCAGGACACACCGCUGUUGGACUUUCGCUGUCAAAUGACUUGGAUGUAAGACUAAGGAACAAGUAAAACUGCCCGGAGGGCUUGGGGUUGCGUGGCACGUCUAUGAUACCAAGUCAUGCAUAGGCUCGGCCAGAACCCCUCACAGGCCAGCACCCCACCCCACCCCGCCAGGAGCCCCACCAUGGACCCAUGCCUAGCCGCUGCACCCACACUGCUGGCUGCAGCCAGGGUUUGGGGUGCUGGCUGUCACCCCCAAGUUCCUGCCUUUUCUUUCUUGUUAUGCCAUUCACUUUGGGGAAAAUCAUGUCCACUGAACUUGGACUUCUGGUCCGGAAUCGCCUGUGGUGUCCACCACACCCUCUCACCUGGCCUCCAGACAUCCCCGGAAGGGAGUCAGGGAUGUGGCUCAGGCCCCACAGGCUGCGCAGGGCAAGCCCACUUGGCUCAGCCACAGGAGGCCUGGCUCCCAAGGUGAAGGAUGAUGUCAGCCCACCGAGGGCAGAAAGCAGGGAGAGGUACCAGUGGGGAGUUGCAGGCCGCGGGGCCUGGGACCUCAUGGACAAACGCGCUGGGGGGUGCCCUCUGCACACAGCAGGAUCUGUGGCCAGUUCCCCAGGAAGCCGGAGGGCACGUCCCACCUCCCGACCCCUCCCCCCACAGCAUGUCCCAAGUCACUUCCUCUCCAAGGCGCCUGGCCAGCCACCUCCCCCCUUGCGGCGCAGCUUCAUCUUCUCUCCUACACGGAGGGGAGGCUGAAAUGCAGGGAGGGGUUCGAAUGGGCCCGUGCGCCUCCCUCAGGUCAUUCAUUCAGCCCACAUGUAUAAAGCGCACAUGGUCCAGGAGACCCCAGGGCACCAGAAGGAGCCCCAGGAACCCCGAGGAGCAACCCGACCAGGGAGAGGCUACAAGGGGAGGGCGGGGCGCGCACCCCAAGGUGUCCCAGACCCCGCCCCUCCCCGCGUCCCGGGCCAAUUGGGGGGUGAGGGGGUGGCCUGGGCGGGGCGCUUGGGAAAGUCGAGCGCCAGGACUAGACAGAGCGCGCAGAGCCGCGCUCCCACACGCACUGCGCCCUCGGACCCCGGGUUCCCAGAUCCUCGAUCGCACCCCCAGACUGCGAAUCUCAGACCCACAUCCGCGCCUCCGGACCCCAGGUCCCUGGAUCCCUGUCCGUGCCCCCAGACUCCUAACCGCAGAUCCCCAUCCGCGCCGGGCCAUGCGCCGCCUCCGGCUCUGGCUGCUGGGCGCGCUGUGGCUGCAGGUGGUCACCCCUCGUGGCCCCCUGCCCCAUGUGGAGCAGUACGAGGUGGUGUGGCCCCAGCGCCUGCCAGGACCCCGCACCCGCCGAGCCCUGCCCUCCCACUUGGGCCUAUACCCAGACAAUGUGAGUUAUGUCCUGGAGGCCCGCGGGCACACCUUCACCCUGCACCUGCGGAAGAACAGGGACCUGGUGCGUUCGGGCUACACGGAGACCUACACGGCCGCUAAUGGCUCUCAGGUGACGGAACAGCUGCAGAAGCAGGAUCACUGCUUCUACCAGGGCCAUGUGGAGGGCCACCCUCACUCUGCCGCCAGCCUCAGCACCUGUGACGGCCUCAGGGGCUUCUUCCGGGCGGGUGAGGCCAUCCACCUGAUUGAGCCCCUGCACGGAGGCAGUGAAGGGGGGCAGCAUGCACUCUACCAGGCCCAGCACCUGCGGCAGAAGGUGGGGACCUGCGGGGUCAGCAACGCCAGCCUGGAGAGCAUCCUGGGCCCCCGGACCUCGGCAGCCAUCAGGCCCCGGAACCGGCCGCUGUCCCAAGAGACCCGCUACGUAGAGCUGUAUGUGGUCACCGACAGGACAUUGUUCCGGCAGCAGGGGAGCAGAGAGGCUGUGCGCAAGCGGGUGCUGGAGGUGGUGAACCACGUGGACAAGCUUUAUCAGGAACUCAAGUUCCGCGUGGUCCUGGUGGGCCUGGACAUCUGGAACCAAGAGGACAAGAUCCACAUCAGCUCCGAGGCCAGCACCACACUGGACAACUUCCUGGCCUGGCGGGAGCGAAGCCUUGUGGGGCGGCACCCUCAUGACAACGCGCAGCUUAUCACUGGGGUUGACUUCACCGGGAACACCGUGGGACUGGCCAAGGUGUCCGCCAUGUGCUCCCAGGACUCGGGGGCUGUGAACCAGGACCACAGCCACAGCCCCAUCGGUGUGGCGUGCACCAUGGCCCACGAGAUGGGCCACAACCUGGGCAUGGACCAUGACGAGGAAGUCCACGGCUGCUACUGCCCUGUGCCUCAAAACAGCGGCGGCUGUAUCAUGGCGGCCAAAAUUGGUUCUGCAUUCCCCAGGAGGUUCAGCCAGUGCAGCCGGGCCGACCUGGAAACGUUCGUAGAAAAGCCCUAUAUAACCUGCAUGGCGAACGCCCCAGACCUCGACCGCCUGGUGGGCGGCCCCGUGUGUGGGAACGGCUUCGUGGAGCGUGGGGAGCAGUGUGACUGCGGCCAGCCCCAGGACUGUCAGAACCGCUGCUGCAAUGCCACCACCUGCCGGCUGCUUGAGGGGGCCGAGUGUGCCCAUGGCACCUGCUGUCAUGAAUGCAGGGUGAAGCCGGCUGGCACGCUGUGCCGUGCCGCGAAGGAUGUGUGUGACCUGGAGGAGUACUGCGAUGGCCGGCAGCCGGCGUGCCCAGAGGACGCCUUCCAGGAGAACGGCACCCCUUGCCUGGGGGGUUAUUGCUACGACGGGACCUGCCCUACGCUGGCCCAGAGAUGCCAGGAUCUGUGGGGGCCAGGCACACGGGCUGCCGUGGAGACGUGCUACAGCUAUAGCAUCUCAUCGGACUGCAGCAGCCGGAUGCCCCUUGGCUCCCGCAGCGUUAACAGAUGCGGCGUCCUGUUCUGCCAGGGUGGGCAGAAGCCCCGAGAGCGAUCCGCCUGCACGCUCACCUCCUCCUCAGCUGUCUGCCAGGCUCUUGUCCUGAGUGGGGGCUCUGGGUUCGAGCCGGUGCUCGAAGGCACCAAGUGCGGCGAGGAAAGGGUUUGCUGGAAAGGACUGUGCGAGGACCUCCGAGUUUACAGAGCCGAAAACUGCUCCGCCAAGUGCAGCGGGCAUGGGGUGUGUAACCACAAGAAGGAGUGCCACUGCCAGCUGGGCUGGGCCCCACCCCACUGCACAGAGCUGCUGGCCCAAAUGCACACAGCGUCUGGGAGCCUCCCGGUGGGCGUGCUGGUGCCCGUGUUGCUCCUGGUGGUUCUGGUGCUCAUCGUUGCCGGCGUGGUCAUCUACUGCAAGGCCAGGAGCCCCACCCGGUGGAGGAAUUUGGUACCCAAGGCCGCCAUGGGGCUCUCCAACCCCCUGUUCCAUGAGGGGGGCAGCGCGCCAGCUAAGGGCGGGGCUCCGGCCCACACCGUGGGCCCCCCGGAGCCCGUCCCUACCACGCACACCAGCCAGCCUCCCAGGCCCACAGCUGCUGCAGUGACACCUAAACGGCCACCCCCUGCUGUGGUCAAGCCAAGUUCUGCGCCUCCGAUGCCACCGGUCAAGCCCAAGGCUGGAGUGGCCAACCCUGGACCCACUCAGGGAGUUGUUGGCCCAAAGGUUGCUUUGAAACCCCCCGUCCAGAGGAGGUGAUGGGCCAGCUCACAGCACCCUGGGGGCACCUGCACACUUUCCUGGAAGUUGCCUAUUGUUUAAGUUGAAAAAGCCCGUCAGCCUCUGCCAGCUGAUGCACACCUCUGCCCAGGCCCUUGGUGCCCGGACGGGCUUGGUCCACUGUGAGAAGUCCUAGCCGAAGAGCCUGCUCCUCAUGGCCAAGGUCGCUCUCAGCAUGGCAGGGCCACAGCCCAGGGCCUCUCAGCUCAGGGCUCCCGGGCUGGGCCCUCCAUUGCUGUGCCUGAGCUCUCACGCACCUUGGCCACGCUUAGCUCAGUGUGUCUGCAGUCGCCAGGCUGGGGGUGCGAAGCCAGCGCCUUGUGGCGUGUGUGCAUGUGUCCAGAGGGCCGCCGGCCUCCCUCAGCCUGGAGGCCAGGACCUCGCGCCACCGGCUCCCACGCCUCCCGCACUCCCGGCUGCUGCUCCAGGCAGGAGGGCCCUGCGCGUGCUGUGCCUCCCAGAAAGACACCGGGGCGUGUGCAGCGCCCCAGGGUCCGCUGAGCACAGGGUGGCGGCCCGGGAUUGGAUCUGGAUCCGACUGCAAGCCCCUCAGUUUUCUGAGCCUGUUUCCCUGAGAUUUAAGAAAGCAAGCUUGUUUUUACGAUUAAAUUAUUGAUCAAGUUCUGA